AUGCAUUUUUUGCCGAGUUCAAUCCACAGCAUUCAUGCUAAACCUAAACCUUUCCUUUCUUCUCCAAUUCCCGGUAAACGGCACCUGACCGGCCACGCGCAGGCAGUAUCUGUCUCAUGCAGAGCCACCGCCACCACUUUCUACGAGGUACUUUCACUGAGUCCGGACAAGGCGAGCAUCGACGAGGUAAAGAAAGCUUACAGAACCAUGGCUCUUCGAUAUCACCCAGACGUUUGUCCUCCGCUCAUGAAGGAAGAGUCGACGAGGAUGUUUGUCCAGCUGAAUGCCGCAUACCGGACGCUGUCGGAUCCCGUGCUGCGCAAAGAGUAUGACUGCGAAAUAUUAAUGGAGGGUUUUGGCCGGAGUACUUUCGGAAGAACAUCCAGGAUGGGUGGGGUCGAUCACGAUCGUGGAACGAGAAGCAGGUGGGAACAACAAAUUGUUGAGCUGAAGAGGAGGUCCAAUUGUCGUAUGGCUGAAAAGGAGGGGUCAUGGGGCAGUAGAAUCAGGGCUCACAACAUGAGGAACAAGGAGUAUUAG